CUGGGCUGGGCUUAUCUUCUCUUCUUCCUCCGUCCCUCCCCCACUGUCUUUGCCGCGCCGCCGCAGUUGCCUUUGCAAGACAACGGGGAGAGAGGGAGGGAGGGUUUAGGGAUGGCGGCCCUGCUCUUCUACGACCUCAGCCUCCUCCCCUCUUCCGGCGGCGGCGGUGGCAACUCCACCUCAUCCUCCCGCUCCAUCUUAGCCGCCGCCCGCGCCCUCGAGCUCGGCUAUGCCGCCGUCGCUUUCGACCAACCCCACCGCGGCCUCCUCGCCGACUCGGACCGCUGCCACACCCAACCCUUCCCGCCCUUCUCUUCUAUCCCGCUCCCCUCCUCCGCUGCCCUCCAUCGCCGCCGCCUUGCCUCCCCCAUCUCCGAGCCCUUCCGCCAGUACACGCGCAUCACUCUCUCCCUCGACUCCGCCGCCGCCGUCGCUUCCGCCCUCGCCCCCUCCGCCGCCCGCCUCCUCCGCACCUACGACCUCGUCGCCGCCCGCCCCCUCACCCAGGCCGCAUUCGACCACCUCUGCCAGGUCCCCUACUCCCAUCACCUUGAUCUCAUCUCCAUCGACUUCUCCCACGGCCACAAGCUGCCCUUCCGCCUCAAGCUCCCCAUGCUCAAGAUUGCGCUGCAGAGGGGGCUGCAUUUCGAGAUCGCCUACUCCCCCAUCGCCACUGAUUUCAAUUCAGGGAAAAACCUCUUAGCUGAAGCCAAGCUCUUGGUGGACUGGACUAAAGGAAAGAAUCUCAUCAUCUCAAGUGCUGCUCACACUGCUACGGAAAUCAGAGGGCCCUAUGAUGUCAUCAAUCUAUGUUCUUAUCUGCUCGGCCUUCCCAUGCACCGAGCAAAAGCUGCUAUCUCCACAAACUGCAGGUCAUUGAUUUCAAAGGCUCUGAGGAAGAAACAUUUCUACAAAGAAACAAUUAGAAUUGAUAGAAUGUUACCAGAUGAAAAGCUGAAUUCAACAAAAUUCAAGCUUGAUGAUUGGAUUGGUUGGGAUUCUGUAUCAUGCACAGGUGAUCCGCAAUUCACAGAGACAAAUCAGCUGGAACCUUCUUCCAACAAAGAUGAACUACCUAGUUCACCCAUAUAUGGUGUGAUAGAAGUGUCUCAUGAAAAACCUCACAAUCCUAAUCCGUCUAUCAUUGCUAAACUGCCAGAGCAGUCUACUGAUGAAGAAGAAAUCCCAUCUCAAACUCAAGGAGAGACUGUUCAAGUUGGCAGAGGUGAAGUUCUAAUGGAUUGUGGCCUGUCUAUCUUGCCAACAUCUUUCGGUCAUCAGAAUGUUGUUCUAGAUAAGCCUCGAAACAAUGAAGAUGUUAUGGAUCAUUUCGUGCAGGCUGGUUCUGGCCAUUCUGUUGACCUGAAAAACAUCGACAAGCAUGUUGGGUUUGCUCAGGAUGCAAUGGAAGUAGAUGCAACAGAAUCAUGCAGAUUGAACCUCAUUGUGGUUGACAGUAGUAUUAAAAUAGCAUGUUCUGUUCUUCCCCAGGGUAUGGAGCUUUCUGGUACUAGUCUUGAGGAUAAGGGUCCUGGCCAAUCUAGUGAAAUCCUAUAUAAUGCUAAGGCUUAUACAAAAUAUCACACAGAUUGCACCACCUGUGAGAGGGAGAAGACCCCACUGGAUCAUGAAAAUCGUUCUGGUUCUAAUGUUUGCUCUGGUGACAAGGAUGUGUACCAGUCUAAUGAUAUUCCAGUUGAUACUGAGGCUUACAGUAGUACUUCGAAACCAGUAGAGUGUCCCCCAGGUGGGAUAGAUGACGAGGAAGCAAUAGAGCAAAGCAUGGAUGAAAACAUAGAACAGACUGCAGUGGGUGAAGUAGAAUCUACUGACAUAAAAACAAGAACAAAUAUUUCAGUGGAGCCUAUGUUCCAUGGUCAAGAGACCAUCUCAACUGGUUAUAUUUAUGAUAAAAGAUCCACUGACGCAUGUUGUGAAAGUGAUGAGCUGAAAGAACAAAACUCUGAAGAAACCUAUGCUUCUUUGGAGAAAAAUAGUGCUAAACCACAUGAGCAAUUACUGAAUUAUUCUUAUCCAAGUGGUAAGGUUGAGAUAUCCACAAUUAAAUCAGAAAAGCGGAGACGUAAAUUAAGGUUGCAUCAUCCAGCUUAUUGUCCUUUCUUGGGCUUCCUUAAAUCUGUGCAUUUCAAGAAGAAAGUAUGCAAAGUAAGAGGCCUUGUCAAGCCUAUGUAAGGAUAGAUUUCACUCUGAUAGGAGUGUAUUGUUACCUACAAUAGGGAAGAAUGAGAAAUUUCAAUUUGAAAACACUGUUUACCAUCCCCUGUACACAUGGAAAAGAGAGUCGUACCUAAAAUUUUGCACAUAGUGCCUCAAUUGGAGCAGCUUCUUCUCUUAAUUGAAAUGUACCUGCACUCAGAUCACUAUCUAUGACCACUAUGCCAAUAUGUAAAAUCCGAGGCCCUGUUGGCUUUCUGAAGUA